AUGACAGAAGUGAAAGGAACUCCCAUCAUUAAAGGUUCACGAACAAUGCAAAUAACUGGCUUAUAUAAAGGAAGGGCAAUUAUUAUAAAAGACUCUUACAGUGUUAUAAAUAAGAAGCUUAAACUAUUUCCUGCUAUGUUUAACUUACAAACAGGACCGAAAGAAGUAUUUCCAUACAACUACUACAGCAGUGUUUUGUUAACAAAUGACAACAGAACUGGUGUCAUUUCUGAAGCAUGUAAGUUUAUCCAGGAUGUGGAUACGUUCAUGAAAAACAUAGAUUCCAUCAAAGGUUGCAGAAUAGAUGAGAACCACUUCGACUUAGAAAAAUAUAGCACGUUUUACUGCAAACAAGAUGUAAGAAUUUUAAGAGAAGGUUUUGUUAAGUUCCGCAAUGACAUAUUGAAAGAAUUUGAUUUAAACGUUUAUGACUACGUUAGUAUUUGUUCAAUUGCUAACAAAUUAUUUGAGAACAGAGUAUACUUCUCGAAUGGAAAUCUUUAUGACCUCUCAAAUAAACCAAGAGAAUUUAUUUCGAGAUGCAUUCAAGGUGGAAGAUGUAUGCUGUCAGAUAACAUGAAACAAAAGAGCGAAAAGAAACUCAUUGCUGACUUCGACGCUGUUUCAUUAUAUCCAUCAGCUAUAGCAAGACUUUAUACUUUAGAAGGUAUUCCAAAGGUUAUGAAGAAAGAAAUGUUAAGCACAGAGUAUCUCAUGAGACAUUUAUUCGAUGACGACCAAAAGGAACCCAUUGGUGAAAAGUUUAUGUCUGGCUUCUUUGUUCUCAUUAAGAUAACAGAGAUUGGAAUACAUAGACACUUUCCUUUAAUAGUUUGUGACCCUGAACUAAAUCCAGAACUUAACGUUCCCAGAAGUUCAAACACUUGCUGUUUAAUGUAUGUUGACCAUAUAACAUUACAAGACCUCAUAAAAUAUCAAGGUGUCAAAUGUGAUGU